AUGUUAGAUUCUUCUGAUAGUAUAAUAAUUCGAAAUAAUUUACCUGAAGGAGAAUUCAAAGGACCUAUUCAUCAUCUCUUGAGUAAUAAAAUAAUGUUGCAAGAAGGUGAUAAUUAAGGAGGGAGCUUUAAUUCUUUUACAGUACCAGAAAAUCCAAUCUUGUUAAACACUCCUCCUAAAACUUUUAAGAAUAUGGCAGCUAGAAAAUCUGAUUUUUAAUCUGCCUAUGAAGUAGAUGAUGCUGAUUCUUUAAAGGAUAGCAAACCGUAGUUUUUGAGAUUAAUAAUUGCAAAAAGUUUACAAAACAACUUCAUUAACAACUUAUGGAAUAGAUCAUACUUAAGGAAACUUCAUUAAUUAUCUCCUUUUUAGAUUGAAUAAUUAGAUGAUUUAUAAUUUGAAUCAGAUGGUUUUUCAAAUAUUACACACUCUAAUUAGAGAUCGUUAAUUUAAUCCUUAGCCUUCUGGACAUUAAUCGAUGUAUUCACUCCUUAUAGCAAAUUCAUAGUAAUCUGGGAUGUCUUUCAAAUCCUUACUUAUAUUAUGAUUUUCUUUUGGUUACCAUACAAGAUCUCAUUUGAAAUUUAUUAUAUAAGUGAAUUAUUUAAUGGGGAAAGAGGCAGUGAAAUCAUAGAAAUAGUGCUACUCUCAAUUUUAGCAUUAGAUGUAGUUGUUGGACUCAAUUUAGCAUUUAUUUAUAAAGGACAAAUUAUAAAGGAUCGAAAAAGAGUAAUCAUCAAUUAUUUUAAUUAAUAUGCAUUUGUAGAUUUGGUAAAUAUUAUAUUUUAUUUAUGGUCUCCUUAUCCACUAUUUCAGCUUAAUUCUUCAUUCCAAACCUCAGUUCUAAAGACAGCAAUAUGCUUAUAAUGUAGAUAGUACUAGGUGCCAUAUUUUAUAUUCUAAGAAUUACUAAAAUCAAUAAAAUAUUAGCCUAGAUUUAAGAGUAAUAAUAAUACUAUAUAGAUUCUUUAAUCUUAACGGUUCACUAAAUGAUAUGGUUGGUCUUAUGAAAUUAUUGAUGGUUAUCGUAUUUAUAGCACAUAUUUGUGGAUGUACAUGGCAUGGCAUAGCACAUUAUACAACGGCAUUUUCAUGGUUAGAUGCUUAUAACUUAAGAGAAAGAACCAAUGGAACUAGAUAUAAUUAUUCAAUUUAUUGGGCUACAAUGACUAUGACAACUGUUGGUUAUGGUGAUAUCACAGCUUAAAAUGAUCUUGAAUUACUGAUUAACAACAUCACAAUGUUUGUAGCAAGCAUAGUUUUUGCAUAUUCUGUUAAUAGCAUAGGAAUAUUUGUAUCAAAUAUGUACAAAGGAACAAUGGAAUAUAGUAGAUCAGUUACUCUGAUUAAUACAUUUAUGUCUAAAAAUAAAAUCUAAUUUGAUUUAUAAACAAGAAUAAGAAGUUAUUUAGAAUAUAUUUGGUAAGAAGAAUAAGAAAUGAAUGAUGAUGAAGUUGGUUCUAUUGUUAAAAAGCUGAGUAGACAUCUCUAAGAUGAAUUAUAAUAUUAAUUAAGAGGGAAUAUACUUAAAAAUAGUAAAAUAGUUAUGAAACUAUUUUCUGAACAAUUUGUAAAGAAUCUUCUUUAAUCAAUGGAAGAAUUAUCAUUUAGUCCAGAAGAGAGAAUAAUUACAUGCAAUUAAAUAGAUGAUUGUUCUUUAUAUAUAAUUACAAAGGGAGAAGUGGAAUUGAUGUUUUCAGGUAAAAAUUAAUUAGGUGAUGUAAUAAAAAGAAAUUCAAUUAGAUUAUUAAAAUAAUAUGAAUGUUUUGGUGAAAUAGCAUUUUUUACAGGAAAUGCUAGAACAGCAACUGCAGUCUCUAAAGGUUUUACUCGAGCAUUUAAAAUAAAAAGAGAAUAUUUUUUAGCUAUAUUAUAAUCAUUUCCUAAUGAUUAUGAAAAGUUUUGUGAUGCUAGAGAUAGAUUAAUAAAUAAUGAGUUUUCUUCUCUAUAAUUAAAUUGUUAUAGUUGUAAUAGUAAUAGACAUCUUAUUAAUAAUUGUCACAUAUUACAUUUUUGUGCAGAUUAAGAAAAGAUAAUUAAGAAAGAGUUUUUUCCAAUUGAAUAACGUAGAAGUAUGGCAUUCAAUAGAAUUAAAAAGAUAAAAGCAGUUUGUGCAUUUAAUAUGUAGAAAUACUAUUCAGAAAGAGCUCGUGAUUUAAUUUAAGAUAUUUAUCAAUAAGAGAAAAUUGGUACAGAUCUUGAUGAUGGAGAUUCUCAUACAAUGCCAAUGAAUGAUGCAUAUGAAGAUGAUGAUGGUAAAAUGAUUAUUUAAUUAGAUUUACCUUCUUCAAUUAAUUAAUAAAGAAGUUAAUCUGGAACAAUAAGUAAGUAAAGUUAAAAACAAUAAUAAACAAAAGAUAUUGAAGAUGAUGAAUAAUAUAAUAAAGGAUAUCAUCGUAAAUCAAAUCCUCCAAGAUAAACUGUUUAAACAGCUGGUUUUGGUGGUAAUUAAAAAAAUAAAGAUAGUAUUUAUUAUUAUAAGAUCAAAAUAGUUACUUGGAAUGUUGAAUAAUUAAGUGAUUCUUUAGAUUCUUCUGAAGAACAAGAUUAAGUAAUAGUACCAUUAUAAUCAUUUCCUCAAUAAAAAUCAAAUGAACUUAUUAAUAAAUAAUAAACAAUUAAAAAACAAUUAUCAAGAAGUGGAUCUGCAGAUGUUCCAUCUAAAGUUCCUACAGAAGUUCGACUUGCUAAAUAAUAAUUAUAAAUUAAAAAUUAAUCUGAUAUUGAAAUUCGACAUGUUUUAUCAAGAGAUCAAGCUAGAAAAAUUACUGUCAGAACAAGAACACAUAAUGAAGAACCUACUUUAAUCACUGAUAAUUUGACUUAAAAUAAUGCGGUUUAAUAAUUAUAAGCUCCUACUAUUACUACCAUUGUCUUAUCAUUUGAUAAAAUGUGUAUCUUUUAGUUCUAUCAACCAUUUAAUAAUUAUGAUGCUGUUAUUAAAAGGUUAUUAUAUUCUACAUUUAUUUAGAUAUGCAAGAGCUUAAAAAUUCUUUGGAAAAAAGAGAUCAUAUCCUGAAAAUUCAUUAUAUUCAUUUUAUUUCCUAGCUAUUAAAAAAGGAUAUAAAUUAAGAAAAUUAGGAUAAUUAAUUCCUGUUGGAUUAUAAAGAUUCUCUGGUGGUGGUGCUAAACUCUUUAAAAAAGUAUAUAAAAAAAUGAAAUAACCAUCAUUAGCUGAAAAAAAUGAUAUUUUUUUUUAAGUUAAAUGA